GUCACCACACCUUCCUUCGACCUUCCUCAACACCGCUCACCUCCUCUCAAUCGCUCUCCGACAUCACCAAACCGUCAUCCAUCUGUCUCAUAUCAUCUCUGCUCGUACAUCUUUUCACAGCAUCUCACACCUCUUCGCACAACCUCUGCCUCACUCACGCGACAUCUCAUGCCUCCUUCGGCCCCCCGGGCCUCCUCAUCCGCCGCCGGGGCGCGCAGCAACACAGGCUCGCGCGCAGGCACUCCAGGCGCGUUGCAAAACACCGAUGAAGCGACUCGAGGCGUCAAAGAGGACCCAGACGGCACCCCUGUCGAAGACGGCAGCUCCAUCGCGCGCGCCGCAGCGCAGAGCCGACACGAGGCUGACCUCGCGCACCAUGCCUAUGAGCCUCCACGACCCGAGCGUGUGCAGGACGACUGGCAGGUGGCGUACGUCUGGGCAUUCAUUGUCAAGUUUGGGCUUCUGCCAAGGAUCGGCAGUUUGCUGAGCCUCGAGGAGUUUGAGCGGAGUCUAUGUGAGCCGGUCGCGAACCGGCCAGACGAUGUGCUUGAGGGCGUCCUCAUUGCUUUCCUCAAGAACCUCAAGCCCGGGCUACGCAACCUUGAUUGCACAAACAUCCAGUCACACUUAUCCAAUUACAUCUCCGACAUGCUGCUCAAUUCGACAGAAUUUACCGUAUGGGACCGCCCAUGGGCGCCGCACGAAGAGGCGCGGGGCGACUGCUGUAACAAGUCGGCCGACCGCAUGCUCUUGGGGCGUCUGCGUGGGCCAAACGAGGAGAAGCAGGCCCGGGUGAAGAAGAACCCAAUCGCCCAGAUGGAGAAGAAGGGCGGGGGUAUAUUCGAGCUCGAUUGGUACGAGCGCGCGCGCCUGUUGCGUCAACUCGUGGACUGGCAGCUCUCCCAUUCAGACGUGAUCAGGGAGAAGGUCAAGGAGGCGCAGGCCAAGAAGGACGAGGCGAACAAGAAGAAACUGAAGCGUAAGAAUCCCGAUGCCGACGAGGAGAAGGUGGACAAGAACGCCGACAUUUGGAUCGAGCCCGUCGGUCUUGACCGCAACAAAAAUCGAAUUUGGAGCAUUGACAAAUCCGCGCGCUUGUACAAGUCAGGCAACCCAUUCAAGCGGCCAUGUCCUCUGGUCACCAUGACGUCCACAAGAGACGAGCUCCAGAGGCAGAUGGAGACUUUCAAGGUGUACGGGGAGGCUGUCAUACCCAAGCCCAAAGGGUCGGGCCCCAAGGGCAAAACAACGCAGAAGGAGGCGUUGGCACAUCGGCGGCAGAUCAAGGGGGUCGAGGACGAGAAGCGGCUCGGCGAAUGGAUCGAGCAGUUUCUUCCAGACGUCGAGAAGGAGGAAGCUCGCGUCGCUCGCGCCCGCAAGAAAAACCUUGACACCAUGCGAAUCCUCCAGGCUGCCGAACUGCGUACGACUCGCACGCGCCGGUCCACCCGCAAGGUGGACUACACGUACGGCUCGAUGGACGAAGAGGAAGACGAGCUUCCACGCCGUGGCGGACGGCGCGGAGCCGCCCCCGCCGCGUACGAGCCACCUCGCAAGCCCGCCAUCCCUGGAGAACGUCGGUCUGGGCGUCUGCAGGCGCGCGUCGACGCCGAGGAAUAUGAAGACCAGGGAAUUGAGUCGUAUGCCCCAAGCAGAGAAAUAUCGCCGCCUCCUUCGUCGCCACCACCGCCUGCGGUCUACAGCGAAGGUGCAAAGGCGACGCAGGGGUACACGAGCGUGGACGUGCCAGGCUCAUCGCCAGACAAGGUCAACGGCAACGGCUUGGCCAACGGGAAAGCGCAUGAGGGCGGGGCUGACGAGCCUAUGGUAGUUGACCAGAAGAUGUAAGCAUGUAUAUCUGCACAUACAGUCAGUCCAAAGUUCUGCUUGCAGUCAGAUUGCAAC